AUGCUACCCCGUCCAAAUCGUGACAUAUUACACGAGUCUACCACGAAAUCACAUGCGGAUGGGAUAAAAUCGCUUCCAGGAUCGACCUUCUCUAUUCAAAAUCUAUUACACAUUACAACCGGAGACGACGAACAAGGACCAGAAAAUUCGGAUCGCCCCUCAAGGCGAGCCUCAGACAGCAAUGAGAUCAACCACGCGAUCACAGCUGGCGUAUCUCGAUUCGAUGUGUCCACAUUUGUCAACAGCAGUCCUCAAACUAGUGCUUGUCCGUCAGUGCCUGUCGCUCGUGGCACAGUUCUUCAUCACGGCUCAGAAUGCGAGCGAUCUGUCGAGACGGAAAGCAGUCAACCGCCAGAUUGGCUCCAAGCUUUGUUAAAUUUGGCUCAUCGACGAGAAAACCAGUGGAAUUCGUGCUCUAUCAUCAAGGAACUGGCCCGUUUAGUCUCGUCCAAAGAUGCCACAGAAAUCUGCAUGUUUCAUCCAGGUUCAACGGACGCACACAACCGGGUGGAUCAGUCCAUAGGGAAACUAGUGACUGGAAAUAUGUCCUCGUUUUCCCCAUUCACAGAAGAAGACAGCGCAAAUCCUUUGGCUAACCCACCCAAUCUGCAUGGCAAUGGAAUGCGAAACGAAGUUGUUCCAGACUGCUCUCCAGAAAAUUUGAUCCCAUUCAUGUUGCAAACAACAGGCAAGGUUAUCGCUUAA